AUGAGUAGCACUGUUAAUCUGAUGAAGGGAUAUAUGCAUGGAACUACAUUAGGGCCAGGAUUGUAUGGAGGGAGUGGUGUGAAGAGGAUCACGGUUUCUGAGAUGAUGGGACAUGAGCGAGAGAAAGAUGGGGAGGAGAGAGAAAAAGAUGAAGAGAGGAGAGAGAAAGGAGAGCCGAGAAACAUGGGAAGAAGAGAAACGACCUGGCAAGACAGGAUGGGUGAGUUGAGCUUUGGAGCUAGAGUUAAGAAGGAUAGAAAGGGAGAGGGAGGGCAGAAAUCGGAACAAGAUCCAGAAGGUACGAGAAUAAUUCACGAAGGUGAUAAUCCGGGUCCAAUGACGAUAACGAUCGCGGAAGCGAGUAGCGAGGUCUCGGAUGGAUCUGAAAAUGGCAAAUUUCAAAGUGGCGAUCAGAAGGAUGGGAGGAUCAUAAAAGAAAAUAGGGGCAAUGAAGCAAGGGAAGAUGUGGAGAGUGUAGACUAG